CCCAAAUCCUCCGGGUAGCGAGUGCUGGGCGCGGAGCCCCGGCGCGGGGCGGAAGGGGGCUGGGUCAUGAGAGGAGGGGGCGGUCGGGAGCGCGCACGGAGCUCGCGGACGCGCGCCGGGGCGGGGGCAGCCCUCUCCCAGGCGGCGGUGGGGGCGGUGUCGCUGUUGCCCUUUUAAGCCGCGGGGCCACCGCCUCCUGCGGGUGGAGUCGGUUACAAAGGCAGCAGCCGGCCCGGCUCCCGCACGCCCGCCCGCACGCCCGCCGAGGCCUCGAGCUCCUCGCCAUUUUCCAGCCGCGCUCGGACGCGGGUCGCGGCGGCGGGGAGAGGCGGAGCCGCGAGAGCGCGGCCCCGGCCGGCCCCGCGGGGCGGUCGCGGCCGUGACAGCGGCUCCCGGCCCCGGCUCCCUUUCCUCACCCCUCCCGCCGGAGAUGAGGGGAAGAUGUCCGUGUCAGGGCUCAAGGCCGAGCUGAAGUUCCUGGCGUCCAUCUUCGACAAGAACCACGAGCUAUUCCGCAUCGUCAGCUGGAAGCUGGACGAGCUGCACUGCCAGUUCCUGGUGCCGCCGCCGCCACCGCCGGGCAGCUCGCAUUCGCCGCCGCCGCCGCUCACACUCCACUGCAACAUCACGGAGUCUUACCCUUCUUCUUCACCAAUAUGGUUUGUGGACUCUGAUGACCCAAAUCUGACAUCAGUCCUGGAGCGCUUAGAAGAUACUAAGAACAACAGUUCGAAUGGCACAACGGAGGAAGUAACUUCAGAAGAGGAGGAAGAGGAAGAGAUGGCUGAAGAUAUAGAAGACUUGGAUCACUACGAGAUGAAGGAAGAAGAGCCUAUUAAUGGGAAAAAGUCAGAAGACGAAGGGAUUGAAAAAGAAAAUUUGGCAAUAUUGGAGAAAAUCAGGAAGACUCAAAGGCAAGACCAUUUAAAUGGUGCGGUAUCUGGGUCAGUACAAGCAUCAGAUAGACUCAUGAAGGAGCUCAGGGACGUCUACAGAUCACAGAGCUACAAGGCAGGGAUCUAUUCAGUGGAGCUAAUAAAUGACAGCUUAUAUGACUGGCACGUCAAACUACACAAGGUUGACUCUGAUAGUCCUUUGCACAGUGAUCUUCAGAUCUUAAAAGAAAAAGAAGGCAUAGAAUAUAUUUUGCUUAACUUCUCUUUUAAGGAUAAUUUCCCAUUUGAUCCCCCGUUUGUUCGAGUGGUGUUACCUGUUCUCUCAGGAGGGUACGUGUUGGGCGGAGGAGCACUGUGUAUGGAACUUCUCACAAAACAGGGCUGGAGCAGUGCCUACUCAAUAGAAUCUGUCAUCAUGCAGAUCAAUGCCACCUUAGUGAAAGGCAAAGCUCGGGUACAGUUUGGAGCAAAUAAGAAUCAGUAUAAUCUAGCACGAGCCCAGCAAUCCUAUAAUUCCAUUGUACAGAUACAUGAGAAAAAUGGCUGGUACACACCUCCAAAGGAAGAUGGCUAACUACAUUGACAUAUGUCUGGACCAAUGUUGCUUUAAAGAAAAUCGUUCCAACGUACAGACAUAAGCUUUUGAGUGCCCGUAUAACAGCAGUACCGAAGACAUUAGCUAAUAGAUCAUUUAGUGGAUAAUCUGUCAACUGACAUCCAGUUACAGUCUUUUCAUUUUGCUCACUUUAGGUAUCUUGGACUGAGCAGUGGGGCCUUUACUGAAUUUUUCCUGAUAAGUACACACAGUAGCCACUCCCUACCACCUCUUUCUUGAAAAGUGAAAUCUUUUAAGCAGGGAAGCUCAGCAUCAGUUUACUGCAGCUGUGAUUUUACAGUAACCUUUCUAUAUUGAGCCUAUGGGGUAUGAAGAUAUGCAAAAUCCUGUUCGUUUAGAGCCAAUAAAAGUUUAACUGAUGGUCAAUACUGGUUUAGAAAUUUUAGGUCUUCUAAACCAUAGCUUUUUCAGGUCUGAAAUCAUUUUAUUGCCAAAAUUAUGACAGGAAGCCUCUUCAUUAACUUGUUACAUUUUUCCAUGGUUGUGUGAAGGUUUGAACUAGUCUGAAAGUCUGAUUGUAAUUGUGUCAUGUUAGGUACAGCAAAGCCAGGCAGCCACUUGUGACCGUAAUUCCCACUGGGGCAGCAGGGUCUUGUUGAACUGAACCUGCUUCCUGUUGGUUCAACAUUUCUUGUGAGGAAGAGCCACAGUGUAGAACCUGAAGUUCUAAAGUAUGAGGUCAUUUACCUUUCCAUUUAUUAGCGGGGUGUUGCAAUUGAUGAUAAGCUAAUAAACGUAUGGAAUGAUUGGCACAAAGACAGACUCUUGGAGCAAAAUUACCUAAAUUGGAGAUCCUUAAAUUUUCCUAUAGUCAUGCAGUGACUUUUACAUCAGAAGACUAGUAGGAAUUCAGCCCAUGUUAAUUCUUUUAUAAAGUGUGACAUGAAUCAACGUACUUUGCAUUUUACUGCCUUACCUGAAUCAGUCCUCUUUGGUUGGCAAUAGAUUUCUUUUUUCUAAUAAUCCCAUGUUUGAUUUAAAUCUAGCUAUUUAAGCACUUUUAAAAAGAAACCCAGAAGCACAUUUUCCUGCACAAACCAAUACAGAGUUCAAUGGUAUUUCCUAUAUAUUUGAUUUGGGAUUUUUUUUUUAAACUUUGUAAACCACAACUAGGAGACGUGGCACUUGUGCAUUUUAUGUGUGGUUUUAGUUUCUCUUGAUUCUGUUGGUUAAGAGGGCAAUAAAGAUAUCUGGUAUUCUCGGUCACUUGGUUACCUUAAAUAAAUGAUUACCAGUGACUCGGAUGACAAGUGACAAGGCAGAAUUCUUCAACACGUUAUGAAGCUCCUUAUGCCUAAGGCAAAAUCUUGAAUAUAUUAUUGAAUUCUAAUUUCCUACUAGCUAGCAGACUGACAGCUGCACAUUCGGCAUGCUUUGGGUUGGUUUUUUUUUUUUUUUUGGAUUUUAUUUUUCAUUGCAGAUUUAUUUGGCAAUGUACAGUAAAUUUUGUAAACUUGCAUCAAGUUUAUGAAUAAAGAACCAUUUAAAAA